GAGAUUAGAGUCGCUAAUUUACCUAUUUCCAAAAACCUUAAUGCAUUUGAAAAAUCUUUAUCAUCAUUGUUAACGUCAAUAUCCAAAUAUGAUCCUCAAGAAUCUGAAGCUGAAGAAUUGUUAUCUAUUCAAAAAGAACUAGAGCAUUCAGUGGGUGAUAUAAUAACGCAUCAGCAAUCGGGAUUGAAAAUUGAUUCCCUAGAGGCCAAAUCAUCAAAUGUUGAUAACAAUUGUAAACAAAUACUACUUGGGUUAAGUGAAUGUAGGAAUCAAUUAAAGUCGUUACCAAACUUGGAAGAAGUACAGCAGGAACAAAAACAAAUGCAAAAGAAUAAACUCAGUGCAGAUGAAUUGUUACAAUAUGCUAUGAAAUUGGCAAAAUUCUCAACUGCCCCACCAACAUUUGAUAGUGGUUCAAUCGGCCCUAAUAACUUUAUAUGGCCAGCUGAAGACUCUUUGAGAAAAGGUAUGCUUGCUAUUGCAUCCUUGAAAGCUGCAGAAUUGACUGGUAUGGCACCUGAAGAGAAGGAGGAU